GCUCCUCGUUAUUUUUCCUAAUAUCAUGUGCCUUUUGCCUCUGUGGUACUUGCUUUCAUGAUAAAUAUUGAUAUAAGUCAUCAGUGCUUAGUCGAGUCGCCCGAAACGAGGCGGAAGCGGCGUUGAUCGAGUGAAAAACGCGAUUAUAUAACCUGUCAUCGAACUCCCGGGAAAGUUGAGGUCUCGAGAACAGUGAAGUUGGUGUUGAUGCUUUGUCUCGGUGCCGGAACUCGGCCUCCGAGCUGAGGAAAAAGCCUCCGUGUCCCUCGCCUCGGCCUCACGGGCUCACGCUGGCCGCCGGGGUGCACGCGCUGCCCUCCGGUGCCUCGUCCAGCAGCGUUUAGUUUAAAUCGAGUGUUGUCUUUCCCGCGCAGGUUCAGGUGUCGUGUGGCGACGGUGGCGGCGUGUGAAGAGAGGGAAAGAGAGAGAGAUAGACACAGAGAGAGAGAGAGAGAAGGACCGAAUAGGAGUCAGAGGAGAGACGGCGCGAGAAUCUGAAUAAAACCCGGAGGAAGGAAGGAAGAGAAGAAGAAGAGUGUAAACGAAGCGUCCAGUCGGGAGGUCGUCAGCUGUGCCCAUCAGCUGAUUUUUGUUUUCUUUCUGUUUUUCUUUCCUUUGGCGGGAGAAGAAGAGAUUGAAGAACGAGAGAGAGAAAUAAAAAGCCAAACUGGGAAAGAAAGGGAUUGAGACCGAGAAGAGAACUAGGAGGGAAAGGGAACUAAGAGAAAGAGAAGAAGGUGAAGGACUCUCCAUGACUCUCCUCUGAGAUGCCGCUUCUGAACAAGAGACCUUUCACGAGGAAGGAGCCCUCGUCCAGCCUCCUCGACCAAGAUAAGGUCUUCUACUGCGAGAUCACCAAUGAAGUCUUCACCGACUACGAUGAGUACUGGGAGAGAUUGGUGUUGUGUAAUGCUAUGGUAUGGACCUGUGAGCUGACAGGACGACCAGGUCUCACAUAUGCAGAAGCUUUGGAGAGUGAGACAAAGGCCAGAAAAUGCCUUGCCAAUGUCCCAAAGCCUCUUCACAAACCAAUGAUAUACAUAGGCUCAUUGACACGGCGUGGUCGUUAUGCUGACAUGAGCGAUGAUGUUUUCAACUUCAUCAGAGACCGUUACUUUGUUGAUGAAGAGGUGGAGGCCAUUGUCAACAAGCAUUGGUAUGAUUGCAAGGUGAGUAGGAUUUGUAUUCUGUAA